AUGAUCUUGUCAGCAGGGGACCCGAACAAGCCUCAUCCGCAGACGAAAUUCCGAACAUCAUUGCAUCUCGCGGUAAUCUCAAACGAUAUCUCAUGCGUCGAGUUGUUGGUGAAGGCUGGGGCUGAAAUAGAAAGCCGAGCUGACUAUGGUCGAACGCCCCUGCACUUUGCUUGCUGGCCAUGGAAGAGUGAAGAUAUAGGGAGAGAUGUUCCAUUUGGCAGCUUUGAGCUGAAAUUUGAGAUGUCAAAGUGUCUGGUACGAUUGGGCGCCAACGUGAACGCGAGAGACAACGACGGAGUUUCCAUUCUCCACACAGCUGCAGGCGCAGGCUUCGUGAAGCUCUGUGGUCUGUUGCUUGAAAGCGGAGCAAGGCUAGAAGCUGUUGACGUGGAUGGCAACACGCCUCUCAUGGCCGCAGCUCAACAAGGCCGUGACGAGGCGUGCGGGUUCUUGUUGGCUGCUGGUGCCAAGAUAGGCAACCUGGAUGAGCGAAAAGUUUCCAGCAGGUUGAUCGAAUUCGGCAUUCUCGUCCGCUCCAAGAUCAGUUGCAAGCGAAUUCCAAUGCUAUGGGAGAGUCUGAGUGACUUGCGAGAAGAACGGCAGGCUACCUUCUUCCACCGCUUCACCCUGUCGCUUGCUGUGGUCGGAUAG